AUGUCGCCGUCCAAGUCGUCGCAUGCUAAUGAGGACGCAAAGGACGGAAAAUCAAACGAGUCAUUUGGUACACCGAGUGUUUCGAGCGUAAAGGAGCACGAAACGCUUGAUUUGUUUGAUGGCAGUGUAGAUCCUGUUUAUCAGGCCAAGGCGCGCAUCUUGAAUAAUGCGAUUCAAGAAAUUGGAAUGGGGAAAUACCAGGCAAGCUCGCAUUGGCAACUGUUCGUUGUUGCAGGAUUCGGCUGGUUUGCAGAUAACCUUUGGCCGAUUGUUACUGGGCUUAUCCUUGAUCCCGUCGUGACCGAAUUCCAAUUCCAAGGGCCAUUCUUGAAGCUCGGUCAAAAUAUCGGCCUCCUCGUCGGAGCCUUUUUCUGGGGCCUUGGCAGUGAUAUUUGGGGAAGAAGAUGGUCGUUCAAUAUCACCUUGUUGAUCACGGCGGUAUUUGCGAUAGCGGCAGGUGGCUCUCCGAACUACGUUGCUUUAAUUUGGUUCGCUACGCUUUGGAGCAUUGGAGUCGGUGGCAAUCUUCCUGUUGAUUCUGCGGUAUUCUUAGAGUUCAUUCCGGGAAGCCACCAGUAUCUGCUAACUAUCUUAUCCAUAUGGUGGGCUUUUGGACAGCUUAUCGGGAGCUUGAUCGCUUGGCCUCUCAUAGCGAACUUCUCUUGCGAAACGACCGCUCAAACGUGUCCUCGGUCGCAGAAUCAAGGAUGGCGCUAUUUCCUAUUUACGAUGGGUGGAACAAUGUUCUUCCUCUGGGUGAUCCGUUUCUUUCUUUUCGACUUGCACGAGAGUCCCAAAUUUCUUAUGGGUCGAGGCCGAGAUGAGCAAGCUGUGGAAGUUGUACACAAGCUUGCGGCUUACAACGGUACGACAAGCACGUUGACUGUGGAGCAUCUGAAAGCCGUAGAGACGAAUGAGGAGUCUACGAAGGGAGGAGGAGGAGGGGGAGGAAAUCUGGAUACGUCGGCUUUGGCUGCUGCGAAGAGGAAGCUGGAGAAGUUCAAUGGUGGACAUGUGAAGGCGUUGUUUGCGACUCGUAAGCUUGCGUGGAGCACGAGUUUGCUAAUUGUGUUGUGGGCGUUGAUUGGCCUUGCGUUCCCUUUGUACAACAGCUUUGUGACAUACUUCCUUGCUACCCGCGGUGCAGACUUUGGCGAUGGCUCACUGUACAUCACGUAUCGAAAUCAAGUGAUUCUCAGCGUAAUCGGAGUUCCUGGUGCUUUGCUUGCUGGAUGGUCUGUUGAGUUGCCGCAUUUAGGAAGAAAAGGGACACUGUCGAUUUCGACAAUAUUGACGGGUAUAUUCCUGUUUGCGAGUACGACAGCUCGGACGUCGGAUGCGCUUUUGGGUUGGAACUGCGGCUACAGUUUUACGAGUAACAUUAUGUAUGGAGUUUUGUAUGCGGUGACUCCGGAAAUCUUCGCGACGAAGGAUAGAGGAACAGGGAAUGGGAUCGUGGCAACUGCGAAUCGUAUUUUCGGAGUUAUGGCACCUGUAAUAGCUUUAUACGCCGACCUGACCACAUCGGUACCGAUUUGGAUUUCGGGAGCCUUGUUCCUUUUGGCGGGGUUGAUUGCACUGUUGUUGCCUUUCGAGCCUCGGGGCAAGACGUCGCUGUAGAGUUGUCAAUUGGCUUUUAAAUUUUCUUUCUUGUUCCAAAAUAUCUUGCAUGUGCUCCGAAAACGUUCCGAUUCGUAUUUAUGGC